CAUCCAUCCACGCUGAGCCCAGGGAGCUGUCUUGUUCAUACCCCUAUGGAGGCCACUUUCACAUCAACUUUAUAAACGUUGCAAGGAUUCCCUCUGUAUGGCCCCUGGUGUUCUAAUGACUUCCUACCAGCUUGCUUUGAAAGUUGAAGACCCUUCUCUAAGUAAAAUAAAAAUGCAGACCAGCUUGAAAAUGGGAGUGGAGGAAGAGGUGGAGUGCAAGCCCAAGGUGCCUGCUGCAAUCCUGCCAUUCAGCGUGGAGGCAUUAAUGGCUGAUAGGAAGCCAGGCAGAGACAGAGAGGUGCCAAGCCCAGCAGUCAGUCCUCUGGCUGGGACAUCUCACAGCCCCAGGAUGGGCUCACUGGCUGGAACCGAUCCUCCCAGCCCACCGUUAUCCCUGAACCCUCAUUUUACUGUCGGGGGCAUCAUGAACCUCUCAGAAGACGCGCUGGUCAAGUCAGAGAGCCCGGAGAGAGCAGAGAGGACCUCAUGGAUGCAGAGCUCCAGGUUCUCCCCCUCCCCAACCAGUAAGUAGACAAACUGUCCUUUUUAUGGCUACGAUCACUGUGCAAUGCUCUGCUGAAACUCCCAGCAAAAUUACUCAUAUCCCAAAUGGGACCAAUAGAUAAAAAGGCUCCUGUCUAAACUGUAAAUAAAUAUAAACUGUGAUGGACAUACACUAACAAACUCAUAUAAUGUAACUAAGUUUAUAUUCAUUUACCAUUUAGAUAGGGACAUCUUUAUCUUUUGUGCCCAUUUGGGGGUAUGAGUGAUAUUUUGUUACAAUUUCUGAGCUUUUGGUCCCUUUUGAGGGACCUUAAUCGGUCCCCCUUUUUGGUGAUCGUAAAGUAUAGAAACUCUCCUCAUUCUAAUGAGGGUGUGAUGGGAGCAAUGUCCAUAGAGUGUGGGAGAUUUAGCUUCCUGUUUAAAUGUUAGCUUUCAGUCACUGAGACUCACUUUCAUUUGUUCUUAUCUCUUGGCUUACUGUGUAGUUAUAUAUCUAUUGUUUGUGAUGGGUAGUGUCAUUUAGACGCACAUAAAGCGCUUAUUUAUUCUAAACGAAAUUCUUUUUUUUUUUUUUUUUUAACUUUUACAAUUGUGUUCAUAUUUGCAAUCAAUCUGACCCCUCAAGUUUGUACCUAAAUUCUAAGGCCUAGAUUCAAAACGCAGUACAAUGGAUUGAAUCUAUUUCUGUCCACAUCACCCCAUUCUCAUCCCCCAAAAUCAAACUAAAUAUUGUUGGAGUUAAAAACGUUCUAUCCAACUUGGUUGAACAAUAUUUCUUCUACUCCAAUUUAGUUCAAAUCUAUUUACACUUUAAAUCGUGACAUUUAGUCCGAAAUAUUUCAUAAAUUACACUAAAUGUAUGUGUAUAUAUUUAUAUGCAUGUCUGUAGAAAUUUAAGCUGUACCAAAUUUGUAUGUAAAGAUUUAUAUUAUAAGUUAAUAUAAAAAUAUAUAUGUCAAUUUUAUUUAUUUUUUUACGUUUGUAUUUAGAAAAGUUUGUGGGGUGAAAUAUCACUAAAGUUUUCUGCUGUUUUGAAAGACUUGUUGUCAUUUGCCUGACCUAUUCCUUUUUUUUUUAAUUCUAGGAAGAAUGAGCCCCCCAGCUUGCACUCUGCGAAAACACAAAACUAACAGAAAACCAAGGACUCCAUUCACCACCUCCCAGCUCCUGGCCUUGGAGAGAAAGUUCAGGCAGAAGCAGUAUCUCUCCAUAGCAGAGAGAGCAGAGUUCUCCAGCUCCCUUAACCUGACAGAGACCCAAGUGAAGAUUUGGUUCCAGAACAGGAGGGCAAAGGCUAAAAGACUACAAGAGGCUGAGUUAGAAAAACUGAAAAUGGCUGCCAAGCCUAUGCUACCACCAGCCUUUGGGAUCUCCUUCCCUCUAGGGACGCAUUUACCCACUGCCUCUCUGUAUGGGACAUCACACCCCUUCCACAGACCAUCUCUCCCUGUAUCUCCUAUGGGACUCUACACAGCUCAUGUGGGUUACAGCAUGUAUCACCUCUCCUAAUACUGCCCAAUUUCAUUGAGACUGUUGGCAAUGGACCUUGUGUGAAAUCACCCUGCACCAUAUCCGUUUACCCUUAUUUAUGAGUUCCUAGGGAAUUGGAAGUGUAGCAUUACAAUGUCACAUCCAGCAUUUAUAUCUUUAUCAUCUUGUUAGCCAGAAACCUGUAAGUAGAUCCAAGAGUCAGGCUAUCUCCAGAUCCCACCACCGAGGACCUAUGACUUAAUCUUUCAUUUCUAUACAAUGAAACCUGAUGCACUUGUUAUAUUUAAAUGAAUGACUUGCUUAAGGGGUAAGGUUUCUUUUUUUUUUUUUUCUCUCUCUCUUUAACUAGUCUAUGAAACCAAUAGGAUAUAGCCUAGAGAGAAACGAAACAUUUUGGGGGACAGUGUCGAAAAUCUGAGAAGUGGGUGAAGAUGUCUGUAUUUUAUGUUGUACAUUAUAAAUGCACAUCCAUUCUGGAGUUUGUAGACAUCGGUUUGGGGUCAACGUUCUAAAUUGUAGCAAUCAGCAUGAACAUUCUACUGGUUCCCAUGGUGACUGCUCCACUUUUUUGGAACUUUGACGCAGAGCUUUUUUUUUAUACAUAACCCUAUGAAAUUGUAAGAAUGAGUAAGGAAUCAUUGGACAAUCAAACAUGCUCUUAAUUAUAUAUCGGCCAAUUUUUGCUUGCUUGUUCCUAAGACGUCAAAUCCCAAAUUAUUCUUGACUGUUACAAUUUCCUCCUCCCACUGCUUCGCUUUAUCAUUCAGACUUCCACCAGUUACUGAAAGGUUAAAUGGACUCAGAGGCAACUUCAUUGUCCCAAAUGUUCUCAAACUUCUCAAAUCCUAGAUCUGACAUUACAGGAUGGCAAGACAGAUAAAGGGAUAAAUGUCUCUUAUAUGUAAGAGAAUACUGUAUUGAAGUUACUAUUUAACAGCACUGUCUGUUUGUAUUAUUUUUGUGUUAUGGUCCCUUUGGAAGGGAUUGCUGUGUACUUUGUAAUAUAAUGUAUAUUUGAAAUUUAUUAUCAUUUAUAUUAUAGUUAUAUUUGUUAAAUAAAUUAACUUUUAUGUAUUCA